AAAUAAUUUCAAUGGUGCAGAGGAUUCUCGUAAAAAGAAGAAGAAGAACAAGGGCAAGGGAAAGGUAUAUGGUUGGAAAUUCUGACCGAUGAUCACCGAGAGUAUACAUUAACAUGAUGUUUUCCAUCAACUUAGCAGCCCGCCAAAAUCAAAAUCAGCCGUCCUCAUCCUCAUCUUCACCCUCACCCUCAUCCCGACUCCAUGGAUAGCUCUGCAGCUAAAGAUUUUGAUGAUUUCGAUGCCUUGCUGAGAGCACAUGAACAGCCAAUUGUUACCACUCCAGUUCGGGACUCACACGGAGGACAAUAUCCUAAUGCUCCACCUCAGGACGAAAGCGAGGCCAAUAUUGAAGAUGUUGCAGCAAAAAUUUUGGGAAGACGACCGAAACCAAAAAAUGAUCGACAAAAGCAAAAACGAAAGCACAAUUCAGCAGAAGAUGGCAGGUCAGAAAUGAACAAGGAUGGUCCGCGAAAAAAGCAAGCCGUCGAAAAAACACCAUUUGUGCCUCGAGUAGUAUGCAAGUUUUGGGAAGGCGGAUACUGUUCCAAUGGUGAUAAAUGUACAUUUUUGCAUGCGGGAGAACAAAAAGUGGUGUCCAACAAAGCUGAUCCCAAAAAUAUUUUGUGUCGCCAUUUUAUUACUGGGUCUUGUCGGAAGGGAGAUCUCUGCCCAUUUUCUCAUAACACCAAGUUAGAGGCAUGCAGACAUUUUCAUGUCAAGGGUAUUUGCCUUACGGGUGAGGACUGUCCUUUUGCACACGAGGAUGCCACUGCCGAGUCACUGGCUGCCAUGAGGAACAAAAACACGCCUUGUCGAUUUUACCACUUGAAAGGGUUCUGUACCUCCGGUGACGACUGUCUGUAUUCUCACCAAAAUCAAUCUGACGAUCGGCUGUCACAGCUCAAAGAGUCAGAGACAUGUAAAUACUUCCUUAGCGGCAAUUGCCUUGCUGGUGACGAAUGCCUUUUCUCCCACGAUGUAAAUAGCACCAGCGCGCCAUCUGUGCCUGAGUAUACCAAAGCAACAUCUGUUCCUCAGCCAACCAUGGCUAACUUCGAGCUGAAGCUAGAGUAAUAGAUCCUUAGCAAUCUUAUUCCUGACGAUAGACCUUUUAUCAGUAGCAGUAAACAACACAAGCAUGUUACAUUGAAUAAUUUAAUGACUUUUCCCAAUAUAAAGUUCAGUAAAGGACUUUUUGAAACGAUGGUGUAAAAUAAUA